CCCAAACAUUUUCCUCGCUUCGUCCCUCUGUACGUGCGCGCUCCCGUGGCCGACCCGGAAUGGUGAUGUUGCCGACGAGGAAGAUGGCGUCCGUGUGGAUACUAAUGAGCGCUUGCUAGCACUGAGAAAGUGAUUCUAGGUGAAAUACGGCAAGAUGGGUAAAUGUUAUUAAAUGCGGACAUAACAGUUUGAGGCCAGGGGAAAAUUACGGGAAAGUGGGUGGUUCGCGUAAUUGCAGUUAUUUACACCCGCCCUAUCUCAUUUCCUAGACAUACAGUGAGAUCUAGCUAGCAACUUAGCUUUCCUAUCUUGUCUAAACUGCCCAGCCGCUUCAAUUAUUGGGAUUCGGGGUGGUGCCGGGGCCAGAGAACCGACAUAUACGAAGUUCCUUGGUUCGGUGCCAAAGGUGGACGCCGUUGGCAAGUUGCGGGAGGCCGGGAGAGCAGAGAAGAGCUCUGGGAGAUAGGCGAGCCAGCAUGUCCCGUGUUUCGGACAGUGAAGAUGAAGGCUUGGUUGCUAUGGACACAGAGGAGGUUGGGGUAGAAUUAGGGCGGGUCACUGCAGAGAAGCGAGAGACGAAGCCCAAUAACAGAAAAAAGGAGGGAGUAUGUGAGAGGACGAUGGGACAGCUACCAGAAGAGGUGCUGGAGUAUAUCCUGUCCUUCCUCUCUCCAUAUCAGGAGCACAAGACUGCUGCUCUUGUGUGUAAACAGUGGUAUCGCCUGAUUAAAGGUGUGGCGCAUCAGUGUUACCAUGGUUUCUUGAGAGCUGUGCAGGAGGGUAACAUUCAGUGGGAAAGCCGAACGUAUCCCUACCCCGGCACCCCCAUAACGCAACGAUUCUCACAUAGUGCGUGUUAUUACGACCUAAACCAGUCGAUGUAUGUGUUUGGGGGCUGUACCCAGAGCAGCUGCAACGCAGCUUUCAAUGAUCUUUGGAGGCUCGACCUUAACAGCAAGGAGUGGAUCCGCCCUUUGGCCUCAGGUUCUUACCCUUCACCAAAGGCAGGAGCGACUCUGGUUGUAUUCCGUGACAUUCUGGUUCUUUUUGGGGGUUGGACUCGCCCCAGUCCAUAUCCCCUACACCAGCCAGAGAGGUUUUUUGAUGAGAUCCAUACCUAUUCCCCAUCCAAGAACUGGUGGAAUUGUAUAGUGACGACCCAUGGACCACCACCAAUGGCUGGCCAUUCAACCUCUGUAAUUGGUAGCAGAAUGGUGGUGUUUGGUGGCUCUCUUGGAGCACGGCAGAUGAGCAAUGAUGUUUGGGUUCUUGAUUUAGAGCACUGGUCUUGGUCCAAACCAUCUAUUUCUGGCCCUACACCCCACCCUCGAGGAGGGCAGUCACAGAUUGUGAUUGAUGACAAGACGCUCUUAAUAUUGGGGGGCUGCGGAGGUCCCAAUGCUCUGUUGAAGGAUGCCUGGCUGCUGCAUAUGGGUGCCCCCCCAUGGUCCUGGCAGCAGCUGCGGGUGGAGAACGAAGAGUUCGGUGCCCCAGAACUGUGGUGCCAUCCCGCCUGCAGGGUGGGUCAGUGUGUGGUGGUCUUCUCCCAAGCUCCGUCUGGUCGUGCCCCUCUCAGUCCCAGCCUGAACUCUCGCCCCUCCCCUAUUAGUGCUACACCUCCAGCCUUGAUCCCUGAGCCACCCUCUUUGCGCUCUCAGUCCCCUGUACGAGGUGGGGCCACAGGCGUGGUCCUAGGUGCUCCUGAAGAGGCCCCCUGUGUGAAUGGUCGCUGGGGAACACUGAGGCCCCGCCCAUCACCCAGACCCGGUGCCCGGGAGGGAAGUCCUUCAUCUUCCCAGCAGCAGUCGCCUUCACAGGGCCCUGAUAGCCCUCCUUUACCACCACUGCCACCCUUGCUUAAUGGGUCCUCCCCUUCCCCCCGCACAAGCCCCGCCCAGGCUACCUCCCCCCCCUCCCGUCCACACGCCCCAGGUGCUUCUGAGCAGGGCUGGGAUUCCCCUACCUCGUUUAUUACUGCCUCACCCUCUGCUGUGGAUCAUGCGAGCUCCAAUGGCCUCUGCACCCCGCCUGGCUCACCCCAAACCCCUACAGGGGCAGUGUCUCCUGGGGCACUUCGUCGAGGACUGGAAGCAGUCAAAGCACUCUCUGCAUCACUGUCAUCAUCAUCAUCAUCAUCAUCAUCAUCUUCAACCUCGCAGUCCCACGUUGGAGGAGGAGGAGCUGGUGGAGGGACAUCUGGCCCUUCGUCAUCCUCGUCUAGCCCACCAAAUCUUGGCCAGGCUGCUGGAGUAGACGGACACUCCAUCCCUCCAAUUGCACGCCGUCUUGGUCACCACCCACCCCAAAGCCUAAAUGUGGGUAAGCCCCUCUAUCAGUCCCUCAACUGCAAACCCAUGCAGAUGUAUGUGCUGGAUGUGUCCCGGGCCAAGGAGAGCUGCAUCGUUUCCUGGAAAGUGUUUGGGAGUGGAGCUGGAAGUGCCGGGCCAGUGGGAGCUGUGGUGGGCCCACCGGAGACCAGCCUCCACACUGUGGUCCAAGGCAGAGGCGAGUUAAUCAUCUUUGGGGGCCUCAUGGACAAGAAGCAGAAUGUGAAGUACUACCCCAAAACCAACGCCUUGUACUUUGUACGCGCCAAAAGAUAAUGAGCUAGAGCAGAGGUAGCGCCAGCAAAGGAGACCUCGCUGAACUGUACAGAGCUAUACCUGCAGUGUGGUUGUGGUCUUUUAAGAUGGAUAUCGGGGAUAAGGAUAAAACAUGGAUGCUUUUCCAGCUCAGCCUUCCCCUGCCUUCAGCCUUCUAUAGGUCGUGUUUAGGCUUUUAUUCAAUAAAAACUGCAGAGCUGUCAGCGCAGUAGAAAUCACUCAUGGCUCUAAGAUUGUAGUUAUAACAAAGAGAAAUGGUUCCCUCCAGCAUCUCCACAACUGGGAAGAAUGAAUGACAGAGGGGGCCCGAGCAUGUCCGUCCUCAUCCCUAUCUCUCUUGAAGAGAGGAACAGAGUUGCUUAUCUCCUCUAUCGUGGAACACAAGCAAAGGUUCUUUGUUUGAAGCAGUGGUGGGAAAAUUACUUCCGCAGUUUUUUUUUUUUAUUAUUAUUUUUUUUUUUAACUUUCCAACUUUCAAAGUGCUUUGUUUACAAGUGUGUGUGUGUGUGUGUGUGUGUGUAUAUGUAACAGGAAGAGGCUUUUAGGAUCAGUAUUUGGAUCCAUGCUUAGGGAUUUUUGGCCUCUUUAAAAUAAAGCAUAAUGAAAGAUGAGUGACUGAUGAAUCUUUUACUGUCCGCAAGCUGUUUAUGUAAAACUAAACUGGAUGAAUGUGUCCUUAAAAUAAAAUGGAGAAUUUGAGCUUGAAGUGA